AUGCUCACGGAGAUUUCCCAGGCCCCGUUGAAACCUCACCAGAGGAUAACACUCCUGAAACGUCAUUGUGUGCCUAAACUCAUGCAUGAUCUGGUGCUGGGCGCCGUAUACCGGCAGACACUAAAGCGCCUCGAUGUACAGAUCCGACAGGCAGUACGAACCUGGUUACGCCUUCCCGCAGAUACGCCGACGGCUUUCUUCUACGCGCGUCUAACGGACGGUGGAAUCGGACUACCCUGCCUGUUUACCAGUAUUCCGCUUAUGAAGAGAAAACGUCUGGAUGCACAGCUGUCAUCCGCGGAGGUUGCAGUCAGAGUGGUCUCGGCAUUACCUGUGGCCGCGGCAACUCUUCAUCAGACUGUUAUCAACUCGAAGACCGAUGCGCAGCAAAUGUGUAAGGAACAGCUACACCGCUCAGUGGACGGCCGUCCACUUGCCCAUAUCGGGACCUCUGCCUGUGUUCACCACUGGCUAUCCUCUCCUGACCGAUUGUUCCCCUGGCUCUACUUGCGGGGCAUUCAGCUUCGUGCUGGUGUCCUGUCAAGGAAAGCCCGCAGGAGUAGGAGAAAAAGGCUCUCUGAUACCCUCUGUCAUGGGCACUGUGGCCAAGUUGAAACCCUCCCCCAUACUCUACAGAGCUGCCAAGUGACAAAGGAUGCGCGGAUCUGGCGUCACAAUAACAUCAUGAAAACAGCCGCCGCGAAGAUGAGGAGAAAUAAAUCCGAUGUGCUUCUGGAGCCUCACGUCCCUGAAGGGUCCUCCUACUGCAAGCCCGAUAUUGUGGUUUGUGAGAAGGGGGCCAUCCACGUCAUCGAUGUUGCGGUUGCCGGUGAGGGCUACAUGGACCGGGUGUACACGGGAAAAGUAAAUCGUUACUCUACCGCUGAAAUCGCCAACAAUCUUCGGAAAGCCGAGCGAUUACCCGGUCCUGCACAAGCCGGCGAUAUUCUCAUCACGAGGCGGAAUUCUCAGGAGUUCGGAAAGGCACCUGAAAACUGUCGGAUUAACGGACUAUGA